UCUCCAGGGUCCUGCAGCAGCAGGUCCCCCCACCCACACCCAUGCCAGGCUGCGCUGUUUGAAGUGCCAGAGAGCCGCUGGAGCUGGGCGGGAGGCGCAAGGAGGGGGGGGGCUUAAGCGAGAGGCGAAAAGGAGACCUCUCGGGCUUCCAAAGCAGCCGCCUCCGCCUCCGCCUCCUCCUCCUCCUUCUCCUCCAGGCGGGCAGGCGGGCAGGCGAGGGGCUCUGGAGAGGCGCUCUGUCUGUCCGUCCGUCGGCGAAACCCAUCUGCAAGACGUCAGCGGCUCCCGACGGCCCGCCCUCACUUCGAGCCCGGCGGUCCAAGGAGCGCGCCCAGCAGCCAGGGAGAGGUGGCCAGAGGGUCGGUCGGAGGAGACCAGGAGUCGCGGGAGCCGCCUGCCUUCCAGCCACCCUGGGAUCCAGCCAGCGAGAGCCCCUUGGAUCCCCGGCGAGGAGGUCCCCCGGUGGUGCCCCGGGUUUGGGCCGCUUGGCGCGCUUGGAGCGGACUUGCCCUGUGGAGCCGACGCGGCCGCCUUGCGGGGCUCUCGGCUCCCUCUGCUGCUGGCGCUGCCGGCUCUGGCGGCGGGACCCCCUUCUCUGCCCUUGGCUGGCUCCCCCUCCUCUCGUCUCCUUCCCCCUCCUCGGGCUGGGGGGGGCGAAGAAGCCAUGACUUCGAGCUACGCGCACGUCCUGGAGCGGCAGCCGGCUGGGCUGCCCACGCGCCUGGAGAGCCCCGGCGGCCACCUCGACAGCCUCCAGGCCAAAAAGAACUUCUCGGUCAGCCACCUGUUGGAUCUGGAGGAAGCCGGCGACUUGGUGGCGGCUCAGAACGACGAGGGCGUCGGGGAGAGCGGCAGGAGCCUGCUGGAGUCGCCGGGGCUGACCAGCGGCAGCGACACGCAGCAGCAGGACGGUGACCAGCUGAAUUCAGAAGAUAAGAAGAAAAGAAAGCAGAGAAGAAACAGAACCACCUUUAACAGCAGCCAGCUGCAGGCACUGGAGAGAGUCUUUGAGCGGACACAUUAUCCGGAUGCCUUUGUACGAGAAGACCUUGCACGCAGGGUCAACCUCACUGAAGCCAGGGUUCAGGUGUGGUUUCAGAACAGGAGGGCAAAGUUUCGCAGGAAUGAGAGAGCUAUGCUUGCCAACAAGAAUGCAUCCCUCCUCAAGUCCUAUUCAGGGGAUGUGACUGCUGUGGAGCAACCAAUUGUACCUCGACCAGCUCCAAGACCCACUGACUAUCUCUCCUGGGGGACUGCCGCUCCUUACAGCAGUGCCAUGGCCUCCUAUUCUGCCUCCUGUACUAAUGCCAGCCCUGCCCAGGGCAUGAAUAUGGCUAACAGCAUUGCUAAUCUGAGACUGAAGGCAAAGGAGUACAGUUUACAGAGGAACCAGGUGCCAACAGUGAAUUAGAGACAACAGAGAAAACAACUUACUUCAAGAAAGCCAAGCAACACGCUAAGGGGCAUUCAUCCCACUUUGCCAUUUGUUCAGACCCAGGAAAGAAGCCAAGCCAAACUAGAAGGUUUGGGGGAAGCAGGAUCCAAACUAACAGGAAAUUGCUUCAAAAGCGACUCUCCCAUACCCCCACCCCACAACCAUAUUGCCACAAAGUGCUGGCAAAUCUGUUUUAGCUCAAUAUAGCAUGAGCUGCUUCCAGUGAAGCAUGUAAGACUUUUAUUCAUCCUAGGAAUGAUUGCAAACCAAACCACACCAGUUCUGCACUUGAACUCCUCUGUUUCCCCUACAUAUCUUUGCUUGUUGUGUGUGUGUCACUCACCCCUUUUAUUCAUAAGCCUUUUAAAAAGGAUUUCUAAAGCCAAAGAUCUCCCUGUUGGUUAAUAGUUCCAUCACUCCAAAGCAUGAGAGGACCACAUCCGAAGUUCUGACAACCAGCAUACACUUGGGUACCUUAGCAUCCAACCCUUUAUGUCCAUUGCCAAAAGGUUUCCCCCCUUAUUAUUUGACACCAAUCUUGGUUUAGAAAUGAGUGUGUCACUGUCUAUUCUGCCACAGGCUCUUUGGUGCAGACAGCUGUGUUUAUGUACAAGAACCAUUCAACUGACAUGUUAUUUCGUUAUUGCAUCAGCUUCUGUUGAUGUAGGAAUAUGCAGAUUUUCAAGUUACAUAGAACUCUUCAGUUUGAUGCAAGAGUGUGAGUGGCCGUGCUUGAGGCACUGUUCUGUGGGACUCAAAGCUCUAUACCUAUAGCUUCUUGUUAAAUCCAAGGAGCAAAGUCCAGAUCUGCAGGUACUGUCAGUGGGAAUUAGUUUCCGGUACAAAUUGGAGGCCUAAUCCAAACAAGAGUUAAGCAUGACUGAGAGUAUUGAGUUCAAUGGACUUAAGUGCACCUAACUCAGUGUUGGAUUGUGGCUCCACCUACUGUCCUUGCUACUCCUUUUGUUUCAAGCCACAAUCAACAGUGUUGUCCAGAAUCAUUUGUUUUAUAUAGACUGUAUAUAUUUAUAUAUAUAAGAUUUACUUACAAGCUUUGUGGGUUUUCAUUUUUUAUUAAACAAAAUAAAAUUGACCUGAGAGCAUUCUG